AUCUACAUUUGGUUUGUUUAUGUUUUGAUUUCUUGGUAGCUGUUCAGCACUUCUGGGUUCUGAACACUGACCGAAGUGACAAGUGGCGUAGACAUUAGACAGAGAGCAGGGCUGGUGAAUAAAAGAAGUUGGAGACUACAUGUGAGCUGAGUUGGUCAUCAUGGUGAAAGUGAACUAUGAUUUGCUCCCUGUUAAAACACACUACUUCUUUUUUAUGGCUGCUAUGGGACCUAUCCUGCCGUUCCUGCCAGUUAUUGGGAAACAGUUGGGUGUCUCUGAAGUGGUCAUGGGGCUCAUCAUGUCUGUCAUACCGAUCCUCUUUUUGUUUGCCAAACCAAUUUUUGGCUUCAUCCUGGACUACUUCCAGUCACACCGCAAGACAGUGUUUCUCACUCUGGUAGUCUCCACCACCGUGUUCUCUGCCUUGCUCUGGCUAGUACCUGAGUACAAGCUGGUGCCUGUCCAACAACAGGUGGCCUGUGGUUCAAUUCUCAACUGCACCGAUCAGGUUGCUCUCGUAGAUGGUAUAGAUUGCUGGGUGACACUGUCAGGUGAAAAGACAGCAGCCUUGAGACUAGCUGCUGACAACACCUCGUACUGUGCUGAGAGUACAGUAGUCUGUCAGCUGGGAUCUAUGGUUCAUGUCAGCUGUCAGAAGCGAGGUCUGGGAUUCUACUCCAGCACCACCUUCUGGAUGUUCGUCGUACUCCUCUCUGCAGCCAGCAUCGGCUACAACGUCUCCAAUAGUGUCAGCGAUGCCAUUUGCUUUGAUGUUCUCGGAGCAGGAAACGAGAAGAAGUACGGGCAGCAGAGGGUGUGGGGCACUGUAGGUUUUGGUCUGAGUGCCUUGGUUGGAGGUUACUGCGUAGAUUGGUGGUCUGGACCCAGCCAAGUCAAGGACUACACUCCCGCCUACUUCAUGGCUGUCGUUUUCACUUCGAUAGAUCUCCUGUGCUGUACCAAGCUUAAGCUGCCUGUACUUCCCAGGUCACAAAACAUUCUGAAAGAUGUGUUGAAGUUGGUGCAGACUCCCUCCAUUGCGACAUUCCUGUUAUUUGCUGCAUUCAUUGGAAUCUGUGAAAGUUUCAUCAUAUUCUUCUUGUUUUGGUACUUGGAAGACUUAGCCGUAACCACAGGAGCUAUGGGACACAUUAAGUUACUCCAGGGUUUGACGGUUGCAGCUGAGACUCUUGUGGGAGAGAUUGUCUUCUUUCCUUUGUCAGGCAGGAUCCUGAGGUGGGUGGGUUACCGGCACUGCUUGUCUCUGUGUUUCCUGGCGUACACGCUGCGACUGGGUCUGCUCUCAGUGAUACACAACCCCUGGUGGGCUCUAGCUGUAGAACUGCUGCAGGAACAAGUAAAGUAUGACCGUUGUGUGUGGCAGGCAGGAUCCUGAGGUGGGUGGGUUACCGGCACUGCUUGUCUCUGUGUUUCCUGGCGUACACGCUGCGACUGGGUCUGCUCUCACUGAUACACAACCCCUGGUGGGCUCUAGCUGUAGAACUGCUGCAGGAACAAGUAAAGUAUGACCGUUGUGUGUGGCAGGCAGGAUCCUGAGGUGGGUGGGUUACCGGCACUGCUUGUCUCUGUGUUUCCUGGCGUACACGCUGCGACUGGGUCUGCUCUCAGUGAUACACAACCCCUGGUGGGCUCUAGCUGUAGAACUGCUGCAGGAACAAGUAAAGUAUGACCGUUGUGUGUGGCAGGCAGGAUCCUGAGGUGGGUGGGUUACCGGCACUGCUUGUCUCUGUGUUUUCUAGCGUACACACUGCGACUGGGUCUGCUCUCAGUGAUACACAACCCCUGGUGGGCUCUAGCUGUAGAACUGCUGCAGGAACAAGUAAAGUAUGACCGUUGUGUGUGGCAGGCAGGAUCCUGAGGUGGGUGGGUUACCAGCACUGCUUAUCUCUGUGUUUCCUGGCGUACACGCUGCGACUGGGUCUGCUCUCACUGAUACACAACCCCUGGUGGGCUCUAGCUGUAGAACUGCUGCAGGAACAAGUAAAGUAUGACCGUUGUGUGUGGCAGGCAGGAUCCUGAGGUGGGUGGGUUACCAGCACUGCUUAUCUCUGUGUUUCCUGGCGUACACGCUGCGACUGGGUCUGCUCUCACUGAUACACAACCCCUGGUGGGCUCUAGCUGUAGAACUGCGGCAGGAACAAGUAAAGUAUGACCGUUGUGUGUGGCAGGCAGGAUCCUGAGGUGGGUGGGUUACCGGCACUGCUUAUCUCUGUGUUUUCUAGCGUACACGCUGCGGCUGGGUCUGCUCUCAGUGAUACACAACCCCUGGUGGGCUCUAGCUGUAGAACUGCUGCAGGAACAAGUAAAGUAUGACCGUUGUGUGUGGCAGGCAGGAUCCUGAGGUGGGUGGGUUACCGGCACUGCUUAUCUCUGUGUUUCCUGGCGUACACACUGCGACUGGGUCUGCUCUCACUGAUACACAACCCCUGGUGGGCUCUAGCUGUAGAACUGCU